AUGGAUUACGAGUUCAAAAUUAAAACGGGCAAUGAAAGGGCUAAAGUGGAAGAGCUGUUUGAGUAUGAAGGGUGUAAAGUUGGAAGAGGUACCUAUGGUCAUGUCUACAAGGCCAGAAGAAAAGAUGGGGACAACAGUAAAGACUUUGCUUUGAAGCAAAUUGAAGGUACUGGAUUAUCAAUGUCAGCCUGUCGUGAAAUUGCUUUGUUACGCGAAUUGAAGCAUCCAAAUGUGAUAAAUCUAAUUAGAGUAUUCUUGUCACACAAUGAUAGAAAAGUUUGGCUGCUCUUUGAUUAUGCAGAACACGAUCUUUGGCAUAUAAUUAAGUUUCAUAGAGCAGCAAAAGCAAAUAAAAAACCAGUAAUGGUCCCUAAAGGAAUGGUUAAAUCUUUACUGUUUCAAAUUCUUGACGGAAUACACUAUUUACAUUCAAAUUGGGUUUUACAUAGAGAUUUGAAACCAGCCAAUAUUUUAGUAAUGGGUGAAGGCCCUGAAAGAGGACGUGUAAAAAUAGCUGACAUGGGAUUUGCUCGACUUUUCAACGCCCCCUUAAAACCACUUGCUGAUCUUGAUCCAGUUGUAGUUACUUUUUGGUAUCGUGCUCCUGAGCUUCUAUUAGGUGCAAGACAUUACACAAAAGCUAUAGAUAUUUGGGCAAUUGGUUGUAUAUUUGCUGAAUUACUAACAUCUGAGCCCAUUUUUCAUUGUCGCCAAGAAGAUAUCAAAACAAGUAAUCCUUACCACCAUGAUCAAUUAGAUAGAAUUUUUAAUGUGAUGGGCUUUCCUCAAGAGAAAGACUGGGAAGACAUAAAGAAGAUGCCAGAACAUCAAACUUUAAUGAAAGAUUUCAAACGAUCGAACUAUUCAAAUUGUUCCCUGGUGAAAUAUAUGGACCGGCAUAAAAUAAAACCAGAUAGUAAAGCAUUUCAUUUGUUACAAAAAUUAUUACUGAUGGAUCCAAACAAAAGAAUUACUUCAGAACAGGCUAAACAAGAUUCAUAUUUUCAAGAAGAUCCCACACCCACCUCAGAUGUUUUUGCUGGAUGCCCAAUACCAUAUCCUAAACGAGAGUUUUUAACUGAUGAUGAUCAAGAUGAUAAGGACAAACGACAGCAAGCUACAAAUGGUGCACAUUCUGAUCAGUCGGGCAGUCACCAUAGUCAUCAGCAACAACAUGCUGCUAAUCAAAAACGUAUGCGCAUGAAUGGACUUGGUCAACAUCCGAGUGUCAACCCAGGGACGGUGAUGCCACCUACCGUUCAACAACAGCAGCAACAGCAACAACAACAGCAACAGCAACAGCAACAACAGCAGCAGCAGCAACAACUACAACAACAACAAGUACAACAGCAGCAGCAACAGCAGCAACAACAAGUGCAGCAACAACAAUCUCAACAUCCACAGCAGCAGCAACAACAACCACAACAACAGCAGCAACAACCACAACACCCACAACAACAGCAACAGCAACCACAACAACAGCACCAACAACCACAACAGCAGCACCAACAACAACCACAACACCAACAACAACCACAACAACAGCACCAACAAGACUUCCAUCAUGUGCCUCAACACCAACAAAUGAUGUAUUCUCAGGUCAAUCCCAAUGGACCUGGUCCAAAUUAUUCACAAAGGUUUUGA